AUGAGGGUGGUCCGUGGCCUGGAUCCUUUGCUCUGCCUUCUCCUCCUCGUGCUCCUGGACCCCCACAGCCCCGAGGGGGGCCAUCUGCCUCAGCGAAGAUUUGAGUACAAGCUCAGCUUCAAAGGACCAAGGCUGGCAUUGCCUGGGGUUGGAAUACCCUUCUGGAGCCAUCACGGAGAUGCCAUCCCGGGCCUGGAGGAGGUACGGCUGGCCCCAUCCAUGCGGAACCGGAGUGGCGCCGUGUGGAGUACAACCCCCAUCCUCUUCCCUGCCUGGGAGGUGGAGAUACAGAUGAGGGUGACCGGGCCGGGGCGCCGGGGAGCCCAGGGCAUGGCCGUGUGGUACACCCAGGGCAGGGGCCAGGUAGGCCCUGUCCUGGGGGCGCCGGACUUGGGGGACGGCAUUGGAAUCCUCUUCGACUCCUCAGCCCAAGAUCCCCAGAACAGCCCUGCCAUCCAUGUGCUGGCCAGAGAUGGGCACACCCCCUACGAGCCGCUUGGGGAAGGAGGCAGCCUGGUGCUGGGCUCCUGCCGCCAGGACUUCCGGAACCGGCCGUACCCCUUCAGAGCACGGAUCACCUACUGGGGGCAGAGGCUGCGUGUGACUUUGAACAGCGGCCUCACUCCCAGCGACCCAGAUGAGGUCUGUGUCGAUGUGGGGCCCCUGCUUUUGGCCCCUGGAGGUUUCUUUGGGGUCUCGGCGGCCACGAGCACCCUGGCAGAUGACCAUGACGUCCUGUCCUUCCUAACCUUCAGUCUGCAUGAGCCGGGUCCAGAGCCUCCCUCACAGCCCUUCCUGGAGACAGAGCAGCUCCGCCUGGAGAAGCAGCUGGAAGGGCUGCGGGCAAGGCUGGGCCUGGGCACAAAGGAAGACAUGACUCCAAAGCUGAACUAUGGAGUCCAGGAAGAGGGGGAACAAAGCUUCGGCCUGGAGGAGACACUGCACAGACACAGGCAGAUCCUGCAGACCCUCCAGGGUCUCUCCAAGCACUUGGCGCAGGCUGAGCAGCAAUGGAAGCAGCAGCUGGGGUCCCCAGGCCGGAUCAGGCCUGAGGGAGGAUGGGCCCAGGACUCCCCCUGCCAGGCUCCACCCACCCCUGAGAGAGGUGGCUACCUCUCCAGGUCACUGGGCAAGAAGGACUCAGCCAAGGUCAGUGCCCUACUCCGUGGACAGCAGACUCUGCUGCAAGACCUGCAAGAGAUGAGGGAUGCAGCUGCUCACAUGGCCUCAAGAGCCCAGGUCUUCUACCUACCCGUGGGCACCAAGCAUCAUUUCUCAGAGCUGGCCCAGAUCCUGAGCCUCCUGCAGAAGGACCUGCGGGGCCCAGCGAGAGCAGCAGCCAAGGACCCUCACUCACCUGGCAGGUCCCCAAGGGUUUCCUCGUGCCUGCAGCCUGGCAUCUUCCUGUUCUUCCUCCUCAUCCAGACUGUAGGCUUCUUCUGCUAUGUACACUUCAGGUGGAAGCUGGACAUGGGCCUUCAGGACUAUUUGUCCACAUGCAGCCUUCCUCUGAGUUCUACACCACAAAUCCCUAGGGCCCUGGGGGCUCUGCGGAGGCAGCCCUUCUCCCCCAGCAUACAGGCAUGACCUACUUCGAAGCCCUGA